GAUGGCGGACCCGCAAAUCUGCAGGAGCAGUGGUUUAAUGAUUAAUUUGGACUUUUACAUCAUGGCAAGAAAUUUUACAAGAUUUAAGACUUUCUUGUGUGGAAGUGAAGGACUGAUAUACAUACACAUAUACACACACACACAUACACACAGCACGAUCCUGUGGCUUCAGUAGGUUGGGUCACGCGUACAGUUACCGGGAAAUCAUUUUAAAUUUUGGGUUUAUUUUUUUAGUGCAUUUGUGUGCUUGCACCUGAAAUGUUUGGUAGGUUACACAUGAGUGUGCUGAGACAAGCUCAGCUGCUGCGUGGGCUCAGAAGCACAGUGUUGCCACGGAGGAAUUGCGCUGCUUUUCGCGUUCUCGAGGAAUGUCUUGAGCUCAAUUAUGGAGGGAUGGUGAUGCACUUUAACUACGUGUGGCUGCGUGAUCACUGCCUCUCUGCUUCUUCGUACAACUCCAAAACUAACCAGCGGAACCUGGACACCGGAGGUAUAGACCUGGCUAUACGUCCUGAAAACACACGAGUGGAAGAGGAAACCCUUAUCAUCACUUGGCCUGGCGGUCAUGUAUCCAAGUACAGUCUCAGUUGGCUAGCUCAGAACAGCUUUGAGAGAAAGAAGCAGCUCACAGUACAACCACGCAUCCUCUGGAAUUCAGACAUCUAUAGAAAUGCAAACAUACCCUCAUCCAAAUGGGACAAGUUCAUGAGCUGCAAUGAUGAGCUAAAGAAGUUUCUUCAGAACUAUCUUCUGUAUGGGAUCGCUUUUGUAGACGAUGUCCCAGCCACACUGGAAGCCACAGAGGCAGUAACCCAGAGGGUCGGUCUAGUCAGGGAGACUACAUAUGGCAGAAUGUGGUCCUUCACUUCAGAUUUUUCCAGGGGAGACACUGCCUACAGCCAGCUGGCCCUGGACCGUCACACUGACACAUCCUAUUUUCAGGAACCGUGUGGAACCCAGGUUUUCCACUGUCUCAAGCAUGAGGGAACUGGGGGGAGGACACUGCUCGUGGAUGGGUUCUAUGCUGCAGAAAAACUGCGGCAGAAGUCGCCUGAAAACUUUGAGUUGCUUGCUCAGGUGCCCAUCAGGCACGAGUACAUUGAGAAUACAGACAGCCACCGAAACCACAUGACUGGCAUCGGCCCUGUGCUCAACGUGUACCCUUGGAACAAUGAGAUGUAUCUGAUACGAUACAACAACUACGACCGAUCUGUGAUAAACACAGUCCCCCAUGACAUGGUUCGGCGAUGGUAUGUAGCACAUCGAGAGCUGACCACUGAGCUGAGGAGGCCGGAGAACGAACUGUGGUUGAAACUGACUCCAGGGAAAGUUGUUUUCAUAGACAACUGGCGAGUCUUGCAUGGGAGGGAGUCUUUCACUGGCUUGAGGCAACUCUGUGGAUGCUAUCUGACCAGAGAUGAUGUCCUCAGUGCUGCUCGCUGCUUUGGGCUCCAGGCCUGAACAUGUAGUUUUCUUCCCUUCUCAUCACUCUGCCCACAAUACAGGUUUAAUUAAUACUGCACUGAUAGUCCUCUUACCAUGUCAUGUUGCAUUUUGCUCUCCUGUAUUUUUUUAAUUAACAUUUGAUUUUUUAAAAAUGAUUUAUAUAAAUAUUGGACUGAAAUCUGGUGACUGUGGAGGUUUGAGUACACUGAGCUCAUUGUCAUGUUCAAGAAAACAGUUUGAGAUGGCCUGAUCUUUGUGAUCUGGUGCGUUCAGCCUUCAGCCUUUUGGAAGUGAUUCUUUUACAAGAGUUCUCCCAUAGAUUUCAAUUCAGAAUUCAGAGCACCGGUCCAGCAGCCAUAACAAUAUUUCAGUCUAGAACAAAGUGAUGGAGCGACUGACACUACCAGUGAAAAAUAGUGAGUAAUACAUUGGAGUUAUGACAGAAAGCUGCAUUUCAAGUGAUGACUGUCACGUAUGACAGGCAUCCUGAUAGAAAGCAACAGAUAUGCUACUUUGUUUGGAUUUAGAAGGUCUUAAUUUUGGAAAUAUAAUUAAUUGACAUGUUUGCUGGAAAUGUAUUUGAUUUAUUAUUUGAGACAUUUGCAUUUUAAUAAUCCUGGUCCUUUCAUUUCUGCAUCCUUCCACUC